CUACCAUGGCAUGGUUAGCAGUCAGCAGCUUGCGUUGUUAUCAGCAACAGCGGCAGCAGCUCUGCCAUACAGGGUAGCCUUGCCCCAAAAUCAUCGCCCCAACUGGACGACGGCCCGCGGCGGCAGUAGCGAGAGCGAGCGUGCUAGCACACUACUACCACUCUACCAGCACGCACGCAGCACGCAAGGAUCUGCAGCACUGAAGGUGCGUGUGUUUGCCGCACGCGUAUAUGUGGUAGUGGCGGCAGUGUUUCGUUCACAGAUAAAGGAGUGCCCCGCAGUUUAGAGGAAAUUCACAGCAAUUCGCGAUAACGUGAUAGCGUGAACACAAAAGAGGGAUUUGUCGGUGAGUGACAGUGCGUGCAUGUGUGUGUAUGUGAAUCUGCCCCCCAUUCAUCACGCCAUGUCCAGCUAACUGAGUAAAGUACACCGCGUAGGUGCCUUCCCUUCAUCUCCCUCUUCCCAUCCAUCUCUACUGGCAGUGGGUGAGGAAAGGCGUUUCCUCGCUGUGGUAUUUUCCUUACCCCAACCCAACCCAUCCCACCACAUCCACACUUCUAUCUCUCUCUCUUCAACGUCACACACACUCGUGCACGUUCGGGAGUGCACACGCACUCGCGUGUUAGUGCGAUACCUGGUGCGAUUCGGUAAUGUCGCACGGCGAUCCUUUCCGCGAUUAGCCGUAGUCGUCCUCGUCGUCGUUCCAGAGCGUGUGAAACACCUGGUGGAGGUGGUGCUGCAGUGUGUAGAAGGUACUGCUAGCUGCUCUGGCACGCCAGUAACUCGUUGGAAAGUUGAGGCGCUGGGGUACAGCAGCACACGAGCGGUGAGGCGUUGGCCCUCGUGACGUGGCGUGACGUUGUGCAGUAAUCGGAAGAAACGGGUAUCACAUUGCGGGCAAGAUGCGUCCGAGUGUGCUAAUCCUGUCGGUGCUGUUAGCGCUGCAGCAGUAUCUAGGGAUGGGGUCAUGUUCGGAGGACGAGGAACGGCUGGUGCGUGACCUGUUUCGCGGUUACAACAAGCUCAUUCGCCCGGUACAAAACAUGACACAGAAGGUGGACGUGCGGUUCGGACUCGCCUUCGUGCAGCUGAUUAACGUGAACGAGAAGAAUCAGAUUAUGAAAUCGAACGUGUGGUUGCGGUUGGUGUGGAGCGACUAUCAGCUGCAAUGGGACGAGGCUGAUUACGGCGGCAUCGGGGUACUGCGGCUGCCCCCAGACAAGGUCUGGAAGCCGGACAUUGUGCUGUUCAACAAUGCCGAUGGUAACUACGAGGUGCGCUACAAAUCAAACGUGCUGAUCUACCCGAACGGUGAGGUACUGUGGGUACCGCCCGCCAUCUAUCAAAGCUCUUGCACGAUCGACGUCACCUACUUCCCGUUCGACCAGCAGACCUGCAUCAUGAAGUUCGGUUCGUGGACGUUCAACGGUGAUCAGGUGUCGCUAGCCCUCUACAACAACAAGAACUUCGUCGACCUGUCCGACUACUGGAAGUCGGGAACGUGGGACAUUAUCGAAGUGCCCGCCUACCUCAACGUGUACGAGGGCAAUCCGACCGAGACGGACAUCACAUUUUACAUCAUUAUCCGGCGCAAGACACUCUUCUACACGGUCAACUUGAUACUGCCCACCGUGCUGAUCUCGUUCUUGUGCGUGCUCGUCUUCUACCUGCCUGCCGAGGCGGGUGAAAAGGUGACGCUCGGCAUCAGCAUUCUCCUGUCACUGGUUGUGUUUCUGUUGCUGGUUUCGAAAAUUUUGCCACCCACCUCGCUGGUGCUGCCACUGAUCGCCAAGUAUCUGCUGUUCACCUUUAUCAUGAACACGGUCUCGAUCCUGGUGACGGUGAUCAUCAUCAACUGGAACUUCCGCGGUCCGCGCACGCACCGGAUGCCGAUGUGGAUCCGGUCCGUCUUUCUGCACUAUCUGCCCGCGAUGCUGCUGAUGAAGCGCCCGCGCAAGACGCGCCUGCGCUGGAUGAUGGAGAUGCCGGGCAUGAGCGUGCCGCCGCAGCCGCACACCCACCCGUCGUAUGGAUCGCCCGCCGAGAUACCGAAGCACAUUAGUGCGCUCGGCGCGAAGCAGUCGAAGAUGGAGGUGAUGGAGCUGUCCGAUCUGCACCAUCCGAACUGCAAGAUGAACCGGAAGCUGAACAGUGGCGAUCUCGGGAUCGGCGCGGAUAGCUGCCGCCGGGAGAGCGAAAGCUCUGACUCAAUCUUGCUGUCGCCCGAGGCUAGCAAGGCGACCGAGGCAGUCGAGUUCAUAGCCGAGCAUCUGCGCAACGAAGAUCUGUACAUACAGACACGGGAGGAUUGGAAGUACGUCGCGAUGGUGAUCGAUCGGUUGCAGCUUUACAUUUUCUUCAUCGUCACCACGGCCGGUACGGUCGGUAUACUGAUGGAUGCGCCGCACAUCUUCGAGUACGUCGAUCAGGACCGCAUCAUCGAGAUCUACCGUGGCAAGUAAAGGAUAGGGGCAAGCAUCCAACAACCACACAAAUGCACACACACACACACACACACACACACACACACACACACACACACACACACACACACACACACACACACACACACACACACACACACACACACACACACACACACACACACACACAUACAGACACGCAUAGAACACAUACAACUGUAACCUCCAAGUGCACAAUGUGGCAUGGCUGAAACGAAGAAGCGCUGUUGGCCGCGCUUCCGGCUCGAGAGUGGUCUCGAAUGCGGUACCCUCCCUUUCAGCAAUAGUUCAUUUUUUAGGGUGAGUCAUAUACCCGUACGCACAAUCCUCGAUCAAACAGCACUCCAUCGGAUGGCAGGCCCACGUUCAACUACUUCGCUAUUUCGGACAGAUAGUCAUCGGUCCAGUGCCUGAUAAGUAUAUAAGGUGCAAUUUGUCUAGUUCACACUCGCGGUGAGGCACGGUUCCCGCAACCAUAGAAAAGCAAGAAGAAGGAAAAAAUCAACAAUCGCAAUGCAUUUUGACAGGUUCGUUAAAUAGUUGCCUAGACAUCGUUUACCCCAUUAAUUGCCAGUAAGGAAGACAUAAGCAAGAGAGCGACGAAGAGAAAUAUAGAGCGAGAGAGAGAGAGAGAGAGAGAGAGAGAGAAAGAGAAAGAGAGAGAGAAAGAAAGAAAGAGAGAGAGAGAGAGAGAGAGAGAGAGAGAGAGAGGGGGGGAAGAGAGAGGAAGAGAGAGAUAACGAAUGAAAGCCGGUCAACACUGGUACCACAAUAGCCAAUACACAUCAGAGUUGCGCCAGCCAAACGUUAAGUUUCUGUAGAUACUACCUUAUCGUUUAAUUGCAAUAACCAACAUGCGGGUAAUUGGGGAAGCAAUAGUAUUCGCCAUCUCGUUGCUGCUAGACAGUGUGCUGCCUGCCCAAACGUUGCUUACCGUCGAAUUGAAGCAAUUCUUGUACUUGUUUUAUGUGACAGAUAGAGAGAAGAUGAGAGAAAUCCGGAAAACCUGAAAAAGAUAAAAAAGAAAUAAAUAGAGCAAGAGAGAGAAAGAGAUAGACAGAUAAAGAGAAAGAGAGAGAGGGAGAGAGAGAGAGAAAGGGGAGGGAGAAGCAGAAUAAGUUAAGAAACGCUGCACAACCAUUAUAGCAAACAAUAAGAAAGGAACUUUUACCGUCAUAAGCAGCAGCAGCCACACACAUGUUCAUCCAGCAGCAUUAACCCUACACUUUACACAGUUACACGAUCGCACAUACACAUGUAGUGUUUGUUGUACAGCUUGGCGGAAAAUAGCGUCUGCAGGUUUGCUAAUCAACCACUAACGACAAAGGACAGUCGUCAAAUUGGUAUAACACUCUGCCGAAACGCCAAUAUGUAGCUCAUUCGAGUAAGAGAGAGAUAGUUAAAUAGAGAAAGGAAUAAAGAGGAGAGAGAGAGAGAGAGAAGAGAGAGAGAGAGAGAGAGAGAGAGAGAGAGAGAAAGGGGGGGUAGAGUGAAAAAGGAGGGAAGAGAAAGAGAGAUGAAUGAAGAGGACAACAAUGCUUCAAUCAGAGUAUUAAAAGGGGAAGCAAUUUGCCAAGGUCGUUGACUGUUAAUUUUUUUAUAUCGAAUAAUCUUUAAGUAGCUCAAUAUUACCUAUUCGUUAACGUACGAUCCAACGGAGGGAAGAAAUGGGGAUACAUCUAUAAGGAGAGUAGCAAAACUAUAACUAUUCGAAUGUUGGCACGUUUAAUUAAAGAAAGUGCAAGAAAACUGGAGAGCGAGGCAGAGCGAAAAAGCGAUAGGCUAAACCAAAAGGCAAUACGUGUUUCGCGAAAAAUAGCAGGAUUCCCCUUUUCCCCUGUAACUCUUCAAUGUUGUGGAGCUGUACCCACAUUGAGGAUAAAUGGAAGAAACGAGUAAAAGCUAGUCAACUGCAAUUUCUAUAAAACAAAACUAACUAACAAAAAAACGUCGUGUUUAAACUGAUAAGUUGGAUAACAAUAACAAAACAAAAAAAAAGCAAAAGACUAUUUAAUGUGUGUGUGUGUGUGUCUUGUUUUCUGUGACGCCCUUGGCACCGAUGGCAUUAUUAGCAAAACGGCAACUUGUGGCCGGUAGGAGGAAUAGAGGACAAGAAGAAAUAUGUUGUGUCUCCACGGGACAUAACAAGAAAGAGCUUUGUUUCCGAUGUUAAUAAUGGUAACGAGCAAGGAUGAUUGGUUUUGUUCUUUUUAUAUAUCUGUCAUGUUGUUCGAAGUUAGCGAAUAGAUGGAGAAAAGGAGAGAGCGUGUGAAGAAUACUAAAAAAACACUAUCCUAUCAGUUGAACUAAUAACCUAUAAGCAAUUGUAUCUAAUUAAACAAAAGCAAAGACGCGCACAGAAACAAAUUUGUAAGUUAACCUGUCUACUGUGUACGGGAAACCGACUCACGAGACAAACAACAACAACAACAACAACAAAAACACACACAAACGAGUAUUUUAUUAUCGUCUAUACAUCCCUAGUACAUUUUCAACUAACGUUUAUGUACGAAACGAAAAACAUAACAUUAUCGUAAACCAAACACUAGAGUGGAGGUGCCCAGACAACGCAGAUCGGAAAGCCAAACAAGUAAGCAAAUAAGAACAAACAACCUACAAACCACACAUAUACAACUGCAAACGGAAAGCAAAUUACACUCAUUACUCAUUACGCGUAUUACGUAUACAUCAAACCAAACCCCUUAUACGAACAGCAACUUAUAACAUAACAUAGGACCCUUAUAAAAUAGCAAUGCAUUACGUCGUAACCGGAAAUAACUGAGGAAGGAAAACUGUGAAACCGUGUGUAUGGCAGAGAAAAAUAUGAAAGAGGAGCCGCAUAUAGAUGAUGCCGAAGCAAGUACCAGUUCUUCGGAACAAAGUCCUAGGGUAAUAUUGCAUGAAUGUUUUCUAUAACCUAACAAACAAACAAAAAAAACGAACAAAUAAAUAAAACAAAACAUUAAAAAAAACACACACACAAACAAUACGCUAAACCUUGGUAAGGGUGCGAGCUAAAUAGAGGAAAAAAAGAAGAAAAUAAUUCACAACCUGCAACAAAAGUUGAAAAUAAGAUAAUGAAGCUCAAAAAUUCGAACAACAUCCAUUAUUUUGGUUUGUGCACUAACAAUGAGCGCAAAAAAUCAAAACAAAAACAAAGGAGUUUGACAGAAAACAAACCCGAACACAAAUAUGCACCCAAAAACCCAUGACAUUUGCAAAAGAAAGCGCGUGAUAUACAAUUCACAAUAAUUUAGUAAAUAAUAGAGCAACGAGCGAAAGCGUGUAAAACGACGGAGGUUUACGUGUAAACUAUGUUAAGCAUUUCUGAAAAUGAACUAAACACAAAACGUUAGAAUGCAUACCGGAAUGUGUAAUAGAAAGAACGUAAAAAAUAAAUCAAGUAUGGUACUAAAGACAAAACUUAAGACAAAAUUGAAGACGGUCAAGCAAAAAUAAACAAACAAUCGAGCUGGUUGAAAAACAACAUAGGGAAACGGAAACAACAGCAGCCAUAAAGCACAACGGUGCGGAGAGAAAAGAAAUAACAACACAGUGAAACCGGUCAAAAAGUCUACUUACUCAAUAGUAAAAUUGAAAAUGUAAUUGUCAAAGCGAAACUUUGACACAGCGCGUUAGCUAAACAUAAUUAUUCUGAUACGGUGGAAAUUUGGAUGAAGCAUGUUUUAUUUUCGUUCUCAUACACGUUUAUAUCCAGGAACAGUAAGAGAUGAAAGUGGAAUUGAAAAUGAAAAAAAUGGCACUGAGUUUCUGUUUCUGCCUGCAACACGUUUUGUGCUCUGUGGUUCUUAACCAAUACUUCCAGCAGCUAUUAUAAAGCAAUCAAAAACCAAUAUGGCUUCACCGGUCGUAAUCUUCUUCCUGCUCAUCGCAAACACGCUAGCAGCAACAAACAAAAGCGAAAUAAGUAUUUCAAUAUGUAUGCCGGCCGGCUCUGACACGUUUCUGCACAUUAAUCCAACAAAUUUGCUGACCUGGCCAACACACACACGCACACAUACUCGUGCACGAAACGUUGAAGAAAAAUAGAUCAGAACAACAAGAAAAUUACAUUUAAAAAAGUACGUAAUACAUUAAGCAAAUCCAGAAAAAAGGAGCCACGACAAUUUGAUACUAUCCGAGGCAAUACAAUGAAAAUUACAAGGAUACAUUUGAAUGCACGAGUGAGCGUGUCUCCUCUCAGUGUGUGUGGGUGUGCCAUUUGUGUCAGUAAUCAGAAGAAAAAAUCGAGAUAAGUCUUACAGCAAAAACAAACAAAACACACCACAACAAAACGAAAUCGACAUCCGUUUGCAGCCCUUAACCUCCGGGAAAAGCAGCACAGGACAUUCGGUGCACGUUUGCAUAUGUUUACGUAGGUUGCUGAUUCAAUUAUCGAACAUUACGAGUAAAAUAUAUUGUAUUGGAUACACAUUUUUAAUGAAACAAUUGCAGAAAAACAACAAAUAGUGGAUAAUUUUAACAAACUCGUGUUUUGGUAAU